GUUCACCCUGCGCCGCUGAGCGGCAGAAACAUGCGAUCCGCCCAUGGGAGGUCCAGCGGAGCGAGGAGGAAGUCUGGAGAGCGGAGCGUGAAGGACGAGACGAGCGGGAUGGCACUCCGAGAGAUGGAGGUACCUCGAGGGGCGGCGCGCAGGGAGUGGCGAGAGGGGCUGAUGAAAGGGAAGGUUCGCCAUCUCGCAGGCCCGUCAUCUCGCAGUCCCGCCUGCCGUCCGUCUCGCCCACCAUCUCGUACUCGUGUUGUCUGCCCGCCGUCUCGCUCGCCCGCCGUCUCGCUCGCCCGCCGUCUCGUUCGCCCGCCGUCUCGUCCACCAUCUCGCCCAUCAUCUCGCCCGCGUGCCGUCUCGCCCGUGCACUUGUCAUCCUUCUCGCCCGCGCCCUCUUGCUCGCGCCCUCUCGCCAACACCCUCUCGCCAACACCUUCUCGCCCGCACUCUUACAUGCAC